UUGACAGUGGAACCAGGAAGUCAGAGGCUUUUCUUGCUAUUAUGCAUGCACAGUCAUACAACCAGUGCAUGCUUUCAAACUUUCACUGCACAUCUGUCCAUCACUGCACGGGUUCGGCACCAAGCCAGCAGCAGAAUUCCUACGAGUCUGUGCAGCUCCCACACGUUUACAGCACUAGGACCCUGAGGGAGCUUGAUUUCUGUGAGUCAGUGCAGCUAGCUGAGCCCUGAGAGCAGUGAAUGAGGCUGGGAAGGCAGAGGGAAUGUGAAUGGCUCUUCUGGCUUGGGAAAGUAUCCGCAGACUGGGGUGCUACAGACUACAAAACAGCCUGGACAGCCUUCCAGAUUCCCGUCCCCUCUAAGAACUAUCCUGUAGAUAUUAUAAAUGCCUGUGUGGUCCUGGCAGACCUGCUUCAGGUGGCUCUACUUGAGCAGCUGAACACUGAGUAAGCAACUCCCAGACUGAACUACGCAGCCAACGUGGCCCGAUGGCAUGCUGCAGCCAACCCCAGCUCAGCAUCUGGAUGAAAUAAAGACCUUCCUCAGGAGCAGCUUUUUGUGCAAUAUACUCAGAGGCAGCCUGAACUUGGACAAAUCCCAUCUGCCCUUGUGACAUGAGAUGUCUGAGCUCUUCUGGGAAGGAGCGUGGGCUUUAUCUGCCCCAAAUCAGCAAUGUGGUGCGUCCCGAAAGGGCAGGUGGGAUAGAUGGAGGCUGCUGGAGGCUGCUGAGCCAGCCAGAGUGCUGGGGCCUGUUCACAUGGCAGGUGCAUAGCGUUAUGUCCAUGCUGUACUACACUCUGAUUAUAGCUUUUUUGAUCGGCACACAGGCAGCUCCAAAGUCAGAGGACAAUGGUCCACUGGAGUAUCCUGCAGAACACUCCUUACCCCCUACACAACAGAGUAACGGACAGCACAUUUCCAAGGCAGCCCCACAGACAACCCACGGCCACUUUGCUUGGAUGCCAGAUGGAACGGAAGAUUUAAAUAUUGCCAUGGACCAAAACUUCUUCAAGAAGAAGCGUUUCAGGUCUUCUCGGGUCCUGUUCAGCACACAGCCGCCUCCAGUGUCAAGGAAAGGGCAGAGUAUGGGAUUUCUCAGCAGUGCAGCCUCUCUCAACAGGACUGCCAGGACCAAGAGGACUGCGCAUCCCGUAUUGCACCGGGGAGAGUUCUCAGUGUGUGACAGUGUCAGUAUGUGGGUCGGGGACAAAACCACAGCCACUGACAUCAAAGGCAAAGAGGUGACCGUGUUGGGAGAGGUCAACAUUAACAACAAUGUUUUUAAGCAGUACUUUUUCGAGACCAAGUGCAGGGACCCUCGGCCGGUGUCCAGCGGGUGCCGAGGGAUCGACGCGAAGCAUUGGAACUCGUACUGCACCACAACACACACCUUCGUCAAAGCACUGACCAUGGAGGGCAAGCAAGCAGCAUGGAGGUUUAUCCGGAUUGACACAGCCUGUGUGUGUGUGCUCAGCAGGAAAUCGGGGAGACCCUGAGACAGAGCUGAACCCUGCACCAACAUCCUCCUACCCCCCUACCUCAGCCUGUAAAUUAUUUUAAGUUAAAAAACAAAACAACAAAAAAAGGACUGCAUGGUGUAUUUAUAGUUUAUACAAUACAAAAAGAACCUCAUUAUUUAUUAAACUCUUUUGGAAACCUUU